CCUCCUCGCCCCCCUCCGGCCCCGCCAUGGACCCCGCGAACUGGAGCAGCUUCAUCUUCCAGGCGGCGGCACCCCCUCCGGCGCCGUCAGCGGAGCCGCUGCAGGUGGAGCUGCUCCCGGUUCUCCCCACGCCGCCGGACGCCACCACGGUGGACGCCGCUGCGCUCAAACCUGCUGUGGCAGCACCCGAUCCCGUCCCACCACCACCACCACCUCCUCCUCCUCCUCCGCCACCGCCGGCGCCACCGCGCAAAUCCAAGAGCAAAGGCCCAUACAUCUGCUCGCUCUGUGCCAAGGAGUUCAAGAACGGCUACAACCUGCGCCGGCAUGAGGCCAUCCACAGCGGUGCCCGCCCGCCGCGCCCAGCGCCCAUGAAGAUGCCCACCAUGGUUCCUCUCAGCUUGUUGAGCGUCUCUGGCUUGGCGGCGCCGGCAGCCGAUUCUUCGGCGGCAGCUCCAUCCUCCUCGGCGUUACCAAAACGCGCCCGCAAGAGCCACGCCUGCGAGAUGUGCGGCAAGGCCUUCCGCGAUGUUUACCACCUCAACCGGCACAAGCUGUCGCACUCAGACGAGAAGCCGUACCAGUGUCCCGUCUGCCAGCAGCGCUUCAAGCGCAAGGACCGCAUGAGCUACCAUGUGCGCUGCCACGACGGCGCCGUCCACAAGCCCUACGGCUGCAGCCACUGCGGCAAGAGCUUCUCCCGGCCUGACCACCUCAACAGCCACGUGCGGCAGGUGCACAGCACGGAGCGGCCCUUCAAGUGCCAGACAUGUGAGGCUGCCUUCGCCACCAAGGACCGGCUGCGGGCACACGCGGUGCGGCACGAGGAGAAGGUGCCGUGCCACGUCUGCGGGAAGCUGCUGAGUGCCGCCUACAUCGCCGACCACAUGAAGGUGCAUGGGCAGGGCCCUGGCCAUGCCUGCGCCCUCUGCGACAAAGGCUUCCCCACGGCGGCACAGCUGCGGGCGCAUGUGGGGCAGACCCACGGCGCGCUGCCCCCCGCCCCACUGCGCUGCCGCCUCUGCGGGGUUCACUGCAAGACCCCAGCCCAGCUUGGGGGGCACCUCCAGACCCACGGCGGUGCCGUGCCCCACGGCGAUGGCCCCGCACCCCACACGCCACAGCCCUGAGGGCCCCACAGGCAAGGCCCGGCGCGGGGGGAGGUGCGUGUGGGGCAGCCCCAUAGCAGGGGUCGGGAGAGAGGUGACCCAUAGAGCAUGGGGGCUUGCCCUAUAGAGCCUUUUCUGACCCAUAGAGACUGGGGUCCUGCCCCAUAGGGCCCUGUCUGCCCCAUAGAGCCUAGGAUCCUGCCCCAUAGAGCCCUGUCUGCCCCAUAACGUGAGAUUCCUGCCCCAUACAGCCCUGUCUGCCCCAUAGCAUGGCAGUUGUGCCCCAUAGAGCCUUGGGAGGGGGGGCUGCCCCAUAGUGAGAAAGGCAGGGCAGGCUUUAGGGGGGCUGUGGGGUGGUUAUGGGGCAGGGUGGGGGUCUCUCUGGGUUGCUGUGGGUCAUUUUGGGUAGCUAUGGGGCAGGGUGGAGUCGCUGUGGGUCACUGUGGGAUGGCCGUGGGACAGAGUGGGGUCACUGGGGUCCCUUUGAGUCGCUAUGGGUUCCCUGGGGGUCACUCUGGGUUGCUAUGGGGCAGGGUGGGGUCACUGCGGGUCAGGGUGUGGGUCACUGUGGG